AUGUCCUUUCCCAACAGCUCUCCUGCCGCCAAUACUUUUUUAGUCGACUCGCUGAUCAGUGCCUGCAGGAGUGACAGUUUCUAUUCCAACAGCGCCAGCAUGUACAUGCCUCCCAGCACAGACCUUGGGACUUACGGGAUGCAAACCUGUGGACUGCUACCGUCUCUGGCCAAAAGGGAGGUGAACCAUCAAAACAUGGGUAUGAAUGUACAUCCGUAUAUACCUCAAGUAGACAAUUGGACAGACCCGAACAGGUCCUGCCGGCUAGAGCAACCUGUUACGCAGCAGGUCCCCACCUGCUCCUUCGCCACCAACAUUAAGGAGGAGACGAACUGCUGCAUGUACUCCGAUAAGCGCUCCAAGCUGGUCUCCUCCUCCGAGGUCCCUUCCUACCAGAGGCUGGUCUCGGACUCCUGCCCCAUCGAGAACCCCGAGGUCCCCGUCCCCGGCUACUUCAGGCUCAGCCAGACCUACGCCGCCGGGAAAGCCCAAGAGUACAAUAACAGCCCCGAAACGAGCUCCACUGUCAUGUUACAGUUAAACCCGCGCGGCGCCUCCAAGCCGCAGCUCGCCUCCCAACUUCCCCUGGAGAAGAAGAUGAAUGAGAACCCGGCCGGCGGCGGAGGAGGAGGAGGCGGAGGCGGCGGCGGAGGAGGAGGCGGCGGCGGCAACAGCCACCACCCGGACAACUCCUCCAAAGUGGCCCAAGUCGAGAGCCCCGAGCCCAAGUCCGCGCUCCAGGACGACAGGAGCUGCCUGGCCGAAGCCUCGGUCUCCAGCCCGGAAGCCCAGGAGAAGGAAAGCAAAGAGGAAAUCAAGUCUGAUACUCCAACCAGCAAUUGGUUAACAGCAAAGAGUGGGAGAAAGAAGAGAUGCCCCUACACUAAGCAUCAAACACUGGAAUUAGAGAAAGAGUUCUUGUUCAAUAUGUAUCUCACUCGAGAGCGCCGCCUAGAGAUCAGUAAGAGCGUUAACCUCACUGAUAGGCAGGUCAAGAUAUGGUUUCAGAACCGCAGAAUGAAACUCAAGAAGAUGAGCAGGGAGAACCGAAUCCGAGAACUGACCGCUAAUCUGACCUUCUCUUAAACCGUUCACCUGGGGGCUGACCACGAGUCGAGACAC